AUGGUCGCAGGCUGCCCACCUUCUGUUCUCGCCGAUAUUGGGUGUAUCGUUGAUGGCGACCUUGCCUCGAGCUCCUGCCAGGCCCUGGUCUGCGACGGCAAGGCGGUGGCCGACUUCGUCACUUCCUGCACUCACAUUCUCGUCUGUGCUCCUCUCUACUCUACAGUCUAUGCCGCUGUAUUCAACUCCGUCAUUGCUACUUUUGAUACCACUAUGGCCACGGCAGCGGUCGGCGCUGGUGGUGGGGUCCCUGCGAUCACUGAGUCCGACAACCACCCCGGUUUUUCCUACCCUGAUAGUGGACCCUAUGGACGAGCCCAGCCCAACGACGCUGAGAGCACGGACGAGUUCGAGACGCAGUUGGAGAAUGCUGUUGCGGAGGGUCGAGACCGGAUAGAACGGCAGACGAGGAGACGGGGCCGACCAGCAACGGCCAGCUGUGGUAGCAGUGGUACCAUAAGGAGCCGACCCGCCACAGCUGCUCACCAUGAUCGAUCCGACACUGCCUCUACGAAGAAGUCUCUGAGGGAUUGCCAUUCUGCCAGCACUAACGCUUUUGAGGAUGUGCUCGACUACUACAACUCUGCGAAGCGAGCAUCGUCUCGAGAGAGGCUGCCUCCUAGCUCGACUAACGCUAAGAAGAUGCGGCGCCCGGCUAGUGCGGUGUGCCUGAGAGGUGACCCGCAUCGCUGCUGCCCCACCGCUGACCGCCUCCUAGUCGGAUCUGCCAAGAGCCUCCGUCGGCCAGUGAGCGCCUCUUCGAAGGUCUUCGGGGUAGCCCGCAGCAUGUCGGCUGUGCCCAAGUCGCUGGAGGGGACGAGCCUAUCUAGAGUUCAAAGUGGAGCUCUUCGCAGGUGUCCGGGGGUGCCUGGCAUCCGACCGGGCAUCUCUCUCGAUAGGUCGAAGUCCUCUGCAGAGUACAUUCGAAUGUACGAGGCCAAGCAACGUGAGGAGCAGCUGAGGUUGGCUGCGCUGAUAGAAAAGACCAAUCACGAAGCAGAGUUCGCCCUACUGCGCAAGAUGGCGGAGGUCAACCGAAUUCUGCAGUCGGAGAGAGAUACAGGGGAAGCGAUCGUGUAUAAGAUGCUUGAGACUCCAGUGAAAGGGGAGAAGAUAGGGUGUUAUGUUGGCUCUCAACUGGUGGGGAAGCUAUCUGUGGAUGCUUUCGAGAGGAAGUACAAGGCCCUGAUGAGCUCCAAGACAAAUACUAACCUAGCACCAGCUGGAAACUCCCCAACCAUUGAUAAAUCCGCCCUAGUCCAGACGCGGCUGUCCCCGGCUGAGCAGGCGAACCGCCAGAGUGAAAUUCGUAAGAUCUUGAUCCAGACGAUGCGGCUAACAUCGAAGUUACGGGAACAGCUCAAGGUAGUCAAGGAGAGUAACCCACAUGCACGGAGGCUCUUUGAGGCCGUGAGGCGAUUCCUACAAUCACCAGCAGUGGUCCCCCGGAAGGUCUCAGACUGGGAGGAAGGUCAGCUGAUGGCAAUGAUAAGCUCCGUGAAGAACCCUCCUCAUGGCAGCUUCCAGGUCACCAAGUGGGAGGUCAGUACUGACCUUGAAGGGCUGGGGUCCACCCGUGGUCAGAUGCUCCAGCUCUUGGGCACCGAGCAUCUACUAGAGUGGGACCAGAUCUUCGCUUUGCUGAGGGAAGAUAGCGAGCUGAAUGCUGGGAAAGGGCCAUCAGUAUCAACCCUCGAGGUGGCCUCUCUCUGCAUCCUAGCUAACAGUAGGUUGGAUGCGCAUUCGAAGUUAACUACUCUGCUCAGCCUUUUUGACUGGGAUGAUGCGAAGGCCUUCGCCGAAGCUGACUUGGUCCUCACGGCACAGACAACAAUCUCUGUUCUCCGUAAGGGCAUGCGGAAGCUGGUCUCUCGUGGAGGUCCUAUGGUGUUGGACAUGAUCUCUAUAUCUGAGAGCCGCCCCAGCAGUCGUGAGGAUGCCUCUGAGACUACCGAUGAUGGAGAGGAAGUGGCCGCAGUAGGAGCAUAUGCCCUAGAUGCUCGGCAGUCCCCGCAUGGGAAUGAGGACGGCGGACGGACCUCCAGGACUGCAGUGAAUACUCUGACUACCCUUGAGGGUCAGCUGCGUCUGGCUUGGCUCUAUCGCUCGGCUGUUAUCUCUACACUGAAGCAGCAACUUGAUGCCGUGGUUGAUUACCCUUCUGGGGCUGCGCUGGUCUGCGUAGAGGUUUUGGGAUCACUCGAGAGGGAUGUGAUCUCGGCAGAGGGAAAUGCGGUAGCUCUGCUGCGUGGUGCCCUUGCUACCUUGUCCGAGGUUGUGGCGGAAGAGGCCAGUGCCGACGAGCUACUGGUGGAGACAGCCCGAGCAGUCCUCGACGCGGCCCUUCUCCGUAGAGCUGCUGUCGAUACUCCACUGCAGCAGUCUACUCCUACUCGCGAGGCUGAUGAGGCGAGAGCUCGUGGUCUCGAUCUUGCUGUUGCCAAGCUCGAGGACCUCCUCCAUCGAGUUGCCGACGAUACGACCGGGGCUUCCCUGAGCAAGUGGAUCCGUGCGGACAUAGAAGCUGUAUCACCGCACACUGGCGGCUACCAGUGUAACGUACGUCGUCGAGUGGUGCAGACCUUCAUGAGGUUACGGGCUGAUGAGAAGACUGUGCUUGAAGGAGUAUUAGCUGCAAUCAAGGUGCUGGGCGACGAGGUGCGGCGGAAACAGGAGAGCAAAGCAGGCAACGUGGGUCAGAGUGAUGACCAUCUUUCUCAGAAGAUAGAGACGGCCUGCUUGACUGUGUUCACGGAGUGCUCUCUCGACGCGGCGUUGGAUGAGGCCUCGACCGCUUCCCUGUCCAUAUCGGCGGCGAGCGCCUUUGGGUUCGGCUCGGAUGCUUUCUCGAUGAACCCCUUCAAAGUGGUCGAUGUAUUGAGGGAGAUGUUGACUCGUAUGGAAAGCCUUGCGGGGCUGGGGCUCGAGGACGCCGUUGCUAAGAUGAAAUCCUUUGAGCUUGAUGGAGACCGAAGUGCUCCGGGUCAUGCCGAUAGAGGGAAGAAGUUUACUAUACGGGCCAAGCAGGCUGCAUGCGCCAAUGGGUGGCCGUCCUCUGAGGGCUUUGAGGAAGUACUGGAAAGCCUCAGCCGGAGGCCACCGAAGACUGCCGAUGUUAAGAAGGCUAUUGUUGAUGACCUCGUCGAUGUGCUCAGAGGUCACUCAGGAGAGGAUCCAGUCGUGGUCGCUCGGCGGCAUUGCCAUAGAAGGCUCUGCCGUGCCCACCGUGUUGUCUACGAGCUGCUUGCCCUUGGCCUGCUUGCCGAGCCCUUGAAUCCGAUCGCAGAUUCUCGACUAGCUGCUGCUAUCCCCCCUCCCUUCAGAGGGGCUGGCUCUCCUACGGUCAUCUUCGACUCUGCUCGCCGGGUGCGGUGUGGUCGCCAUGCUCAGAUGGCGUGGUUUGUGGGGGCUCUCAACGUAUCAGCACUCCUCGAGAACGAGAGGCUUGGGAGGCCUCUGGAAGCCGUGUCAGUCAGUCGUCGUGCUGGCGAGGCGAAGCUCUUGCAGGCUCUGUGCGAGAGGAAGCUCAUGGAGUUAUUGGGAGGUCUCACAGAACUCGUUGAGGAAAUGCAAGAUUGCAAGAUUGCUGCAUUAGAGCAGUAUAUUGAGGACUGUUUCACCCAAGAUCUAGGCAGAUCUGAAGUCCUUUCUCCCGAUGUGACCCGCAAGGUUCGGCAGAUGUCUUCCUCCGGUCGUGGCAUUGAGGAAGUGGAAUGUCCACCGGAGCUGCACACGUGGGGACGGGAGGCAUUCGACGCCAUCCAGGGUCCAGAGGGCUUUCCCCGCGGUCGGGCCGUGGCGACCGCAUUAUGCCCAAGUGAUGAUGAUCAGACUUUUAGGGAGUUCGGUACCGCCCUGAGAUGGUGGGUGACGGCACUGUCGAGGCAACUAGAGCUCGCCCUGGUCUUUGCUGAGGCUGGGCUAGAGAGGGAGGGAAGUGAGCAGGGAGAAUUGGAGGAGACCUUCAAAGGGAAAGUCUCUGAUGCCGUCCUGCGAUACAUGGAAGUAGUAGGAGCUGUUAUGGAGGACCUUCCUGCUGGCCUGAUAGAUGGGAACACUGCGAACAUCGGUCAUGAAGAGAGCUGCGGAGGCAGAUGUGGAUCGGCUCGUUGA